AUGGACAACGGAAGCCUUAGUGAACCUCCCAGCAAACCUUCUUCUCCGCCGCCUCAAGAGUUUGAUGGGGGAGAAAGGACCGUUAAGAAGCUUCGGCUAUCGAAAGCCCUCACUAUAUCUGAGGGGACAACGGUUUCUGAAGCGUGCCGGAGAAUGGCGGCUCGGCGUGUGGAUUCUGUUUUGCUGACUGAUUCCAAUGCUUUGCUAUCUGGAAUCAUGACUGAUAAGGACAUUGCUACAAGAGUUAUAGCUGAGGGUUUACGGCCUGAGCAGACUAUGGUUUCAAAAGUAAUGACUAGGAGUCCUAUAUUUGUGACAUCUGAUACGCUAGCCUUAGAAGCUCUUCAGAAGAUGGUCCAAGGUAAAUUCAGGCACCUCCCUGUUGUGGAAAAUGGUGAAGUCAUUGCCAUACUGGAUAUCACCAGAUGUCUUUAUGAUGCUAUAACUAGGAUGGAGAAGGCUGCUGAGCAGGGCAGUGCCAUUGCUGCUGCAGUUGAAGGGGUGGAGCGCCAUGGGGGUAGCAAUGGAUCUGUUAGUGCUUUGGUAGAGACAUUGAGGGAGCGCAUGUUCAAGCCUUCCCUGUCAACUCUAAUUGGUGAAAAUACAAAGGUUGCUAUUGCAUCACCUGCGGAUCCUGUUUAUGUAGCUGCAAGGAAGAUGCAGGAGUUGCGUGUUAAUUCGGCUGUUGUUGUGUCCUUGUCAGGAACCAAGAUUCAGGGGAUAUUCACCUCAAAGGACAUACUAAUGCGUGUUGUGGCUCAAAAUCUUUCUCCUCAGUUGACUCUUGUGGAAAAGGUAAUGACUCCACAUCCAGAUUGUGCAUCAGUAGAUACAACAAUAUUGGAUGCGCUGCAUAUGAUGCAUGAUGGGAAAUUCUUGCAUCUUCCUGUCGUAGACAAAGGUGGAUAUAUCGUUGCUUGCAUGGAUGUCUUGCAGAUAACUCAUGCUGCAAUUUCUAUGGUUGAGAGUAGCUCUGGAGCUGUUAAUGAUGUAGCAAAUACAAUUAUGCAAAAGUUUUGGGACUCAGCUCUUAAUCUAGAGCCACCAGAAGAUUCCGAUACUCGCAGUGAAAUUUCUGGGGCAGAUACAACAAAGUCUGCAUUUCAAUCUGUAGGUGGUGGACAUUCAUUUGCCUUCAAAUUAGAGGAUCUCUGUGGUCGUGUGCAUCGAUUCAACUGUGGUACUGAACAUCUAGAUGAGCUAGUUUCUACAGUCAUGCAGAGAGUUGAUGUUAAAGACGGAGAACGCCCUACAAUUUUGUAUGAGGACGAUGAAGGUGAUAAAGUUGUUCUUGCAAAUGAUAGUGAUCUUGUUACGGCUGUCAGCUAUGCUAGGUCUGCAGGACUGAAGGCUUUGAAGUUGCAUUUGGAUUGUGGCAAUUCAUCAACCAAAGCAACAACUCCAAAAUCUUGUACAGCUACUACUAUACAGAAAACCAGUGUUCUUUCUUUGAGCUCUAUUACUUUUGCUAGUGCAAUUGUUAUAGCAAGCGUUGGCAUGGUGGUCUACUUGAAACACUCCAAACAUUGA